AUGAGCUCAGAACGACAGUCGACGCCGGAGAUUGCGACGCCUCGCGACGACGGGAGCGAUCGCCUAGUGCAACUCCCCAGAACCUCGGGGGUGGAUUCGUCGUCGCAGACGAUUGCCCAAGAUGCUUCAUCACCCAGGUGCAGCGAAAAAGAUCCUGAAGUUCUUGCAGAAGUUGUUCCCAAGGAUUGCGGUGACGAUAUCUGUGACGACUGGGACAACGAUCCAGACAAUGCUAGGAAUUGGAGUAGGAAGAAAAAGUGGACGGCGGUAUCCAUUGUGGCCUUCUACUGUUUUGUCACCCCAUUAUCGAGCUCGAUGAUGGCCCCCGGGUUGCCCCAGAUUGCAGAACAGUACGGGAUUACGAAUUCGACGAUGUUGGGGUUGACUUUGAGCAUAUUCCUUCUUUCUUUCUCACUUGGACCUUUAAUCAUGGCUCCCUUAUCCGAAAUCUAUGGGAGAACAUGGAUUCUUCACAUAUCCAACCUGCUCACAUUGGGCUUCAAUCUUGGGUGCGCCUUUGCUCCAAAUACUGCGACGUUACUCGUGCUUCGGCUCAUAGCUGGGUUCUGGUCAAGUGCCCCUGUGGCAAUAGGUGGGGGAACCAUCGGCGACCUGUUCGAUGAGUCAGACCGCGCUUCUGCGAUGGCACUAUUCAGUGUGGGGCCCCUGUUCGGCCCGGCAAUUGGUCCAGCAGCAGCUGGUUUCAUUGUUCAAGACGUAGGGAUUAAAUGGGUAUUCAUUAUCAUUGCCGCCACCUCUGCGGUAGCUGCUGCCGUUGGUAUUCCGCUCCUGCGCGAAACGUAUGCUCCAGUCAUACGAAUGCGUAAAGCCAGAAAUUCCCCGGACCCUCAGGCAGCUACUGAGAACCUUCUCAAACAGAUUGGCACCCUGGAGGGUUCGAAAGCGCGUAUUAUAUGGGUUAACCUUUCGAGGCCUAUGGCACUGCUGUUUGGUAACUUCAUUUGCUUCAUUCUGAGCUUAUACAUGGCUCUGAAUUAUGGCAUCUAUUAUUUGAUGUUCGCGACCUUUGCUCAGCUCUUCCGCGAUGUCUAUGGUUUCGAGCCUGGCGUUGGUGGUCUCUCUUACCUAGGACUUGGCCUCGGUUUCUUCGCAGCCACCUUCAUUGGUGCAUGGCUCUCUGAUGGGAUGUAUCGCAGAUUCGCAAAUAAGAACGGUGGUAAAGGUACGCCAGAGAUGCGCAUGCCAGCGCUCUUUGUCGCAGGCUUGAUUACCCCUGUUGGUCUUCUGUGGUAUGGGUGGUCGGCGCAUGCUAAGCUCCAUUGGAUGAUGCCUAUUACUGGCACCUUUAUUUAUGGAUUCGGCCUGAUGACUGCAUACCUGCCGAUUCAACUAUACCUCGUGGAUGCGUUCACUUAUGCAGCCAGUGCAACUGGAGCAGCAUCGGUUUUUCGCUCGUUGCUCGGCUUCGUAUUUCCCCUCUUUGGGCAAAGGAUGACGGAUACUCUGGGCCUUGGACCCGCGAAUACUCUUCUGGCGGGGAUCGCCAUAGUGGUUGGUAUUCCGUUUCCAAUCUGGAUUUACUACAAGGGUGCAGCUAUUCGCGAAAAGUCCAAUGUCAAUCGAUAG